AUGAGCAGCUCGAAUGACACUAGCAGCUUUCGCCAUUAUAUUCCGCCUGCCGUGGCCCCACUGUCUCAAAACUCCACCCAACCAUCCCUCCUACUGCAACCAUUGGACUCACUAUCAAUACCACCACCCCCCAAAUUAUCACUGCCACCUCCCAAAUUGCCAUUGCCACCUCCAUCACCACCAAUGUCUCUUGAAGUUCUGCCAGUGCCUCUGUCAUUUCCAGAAUCUUCCGAACUCCUACUCGCACCAAUUGUGGCCAUGCCACCAUCUCCAGUCAUGCACGUUGUAACUGCCUCAGCCUUGGUGUCUGUGCCAGACACAAGUCACAAUGACUGUGGUCAAGUUGUCCCAACAGUAGAGUCUGAAGAUUUGGAGUGGGUAAAGGAGCGACCUGAAGUUGAUGCAAAGUGGGACACCACCCACAAGCACCUUUGGGCCAAUUGGACUACUUGUCUGGAUGAUUAG